UUUAGCACACACCGCGUAAAAGCGACGCCGAUUUCAAUUUCAACGAUUUACGAAAAAGUGUGCGAAAAAAACGAGGAACAAUGGCCGACGUGGACGAUUUUGACUCGCUGUCCAAUGCAGAGCUGCGCGCCAAGAUGCUGGCCCAGGGGCUGCCCAACAUCCCGGUGACGGACAGCAGCCGCAAGGUGCUGGUGAAGCGUUUGCGCGCCUCCAUUGGCGGCCAGGCGGCGCCGGCAGCCGGCAGUCCCAAGAAGAGCAGCAGGCGCGAGACGCUGGCUCCAGUGGCCUCCUCUGCCCCGGCGGCCGCCUCCACGCCGGUGGACAAGCUGGACGGGAAUAAGGUGGCCCCGGCCACCAAGGCCCGCCGCACCAUCGCCGCCACGGAGGCCAAGGAAGCCGAGCGCCGACGCCCCGAGGAGCCGGUGGUCGCCAGGAAGCCCGUGGCUGCAGCCCCUGCACCCAUUGUGACCCGUCGCUCCUCCACCACCUCCAGUGGAAACGACCGCAAGCCCGUGGAGCCGGUGAAGAAGCCACCAACCAUUGCCGAGGAACCUACAUACUCCAAACGCACUGAUCAUCAGGAAAACCACCUAAAGGUCAACUCCCUGAUUGUCCUCGAGUCCGACGAGGAGGAGGACGAGCAGCUGGCCCAGGCUGCUGAUCUGGUGGAGCAGCAGCACGCGGCCAGGGAGAAGGCGGCUUCGAGGAACAAGCUCACCAGCAGCGGCACUACUACUUACGAGUACAAAAGCCAGGUGGUGGAUCCUCCACGCCGGCAGGUCUAUGAAUCCUCAGCAGCGCCAUCUGUGCCCUCUGCCCGCAGCAAAAUCACCAGUUCGGCCAGGUCAUACGACUAUCAAAGCCCGAAUCUAGCACCCGGUCGCUAUAGCAGCUAUGUGCGUACCGCUGCCCAGGGCUACGUGACUGCCGAAGCUCCGCCGGUGGCCUCGUACUCGUCCGGCUAUCAGCGCACCUAUGCCAACGAGCUGAGCGACGACAACGAGGCGGAGGAUGCCCAGUUUGAGAGCACCUUUGCCCAGAAUCUGGCCCGUUUGCGGGCCGAGAGGAUCGGCGAUCGCAGCAGCCCGUACAGCAGACGCACCUUGGCCAGCGGCACGGCGGCCAGCGGAUCUCUGGGCUAUGAGCCGCGGGCCAGGCGCUCCCUGCGUCCCGACGAGAACAGCGUGUCCGUGGCCUUCGGUCGCUGGUGGAACAGCCUGGAGCAGAAGUACCACAUUAAGUCGAAGCUGUUCGUGCUGUUUGUCGUCCUAAUGUUAAUUGUCGUGUAUUGCAUUUUCUUCUGACCCGUAAACACUGUUCUUAUUUCGAAUCUCUAAACUCUAAACUAGUUUGUAUGCCAUGUUGGAUUUGUUUUGUAAACAGGGCCGCCGCUGCGGUCUUUGUAUGAAUCUUGUUUCGAUGUAACUCGAGGCCUGAGAUUGACUAGCAUUUAAGCUGCGUGUUAUCCGUGUUCCAAUAAAGCCCCAUUGCAGGGAAUCAAUCGCCUCA